AUGGCAGGAGUAAGAAAGGAAGAUAUCUUCCGUUGGUGUAGAGAAAAGGAGAUAACGGUUGAAAGCAGUUUUGGAUUAACUGGAGAUUUGACUGAGGCAAGCGAUGAUAGUAUCCUUAAUUCAGUCAAGUUUCUGUACGGAGUCAGCGACCCGUGUAUUGUGGAUAAAUGGAAAGGGUUAAAUGGUAAUAUCAUAGCUGUAUUAAUCAACAAUAAGAACUUGCUAGAUCCAGAGUUGCUUCCCGGUAUGGUGGUAGUGGAGGGAGUACCUGGGUGGAAAGUACAUGUGGUAUGGCCUGAGUGGAAAAGCAGUGGGACCGGCACAGAUCUCCCGGGUGAAGAAAGGGGUACUGGGGAUCCAAAUAUACUAUCCACGGGGGACCCCGUUCUUCCACAAGUGGCUGAAACUGAAUCACCCCAUCCAAGGGAGAAGGCAAUUGAGAGUCAAGUGGAUACAGUAGUGGGCAAAAUGGUUAGUCAGUUGGAAAGAUGGCACUUUGAAGGAGGAUAUCGACGCCUUAGGAUAUUUUCGGGAAUCACCCCGAUUCCAGCUGGAGAGGAGACCUACGAAUUGUGGAGGGAGGCGGCCACCCAACAUUCCGAGGAAUGGCAAUGCCCUGACCAUAUCAAACGCCAGAGAGUGGUAGAAAGUUUGAGGGGGCCCGCUAUGGGGGUAAUUCAAGCUACCCGAAGAAGCAACCCAAAAGCCACCCUGAAAGACUAUCUGGAGGCCUUGGACUUCUCGUUUGGUACCAUGGAAGAUGUCGGGGAUUUGUUAGCUCGACUAAACCAUACUUAUCAAGAUCUGGGAGAAACAUUGACUCAUUAUGUGUACAGGGUAGAUAGACUUAUUUAUAAAAUAGUGGACAAAAGAGGCAUUGAUAAAGAUACAGUGGAUAGUCGAAGACUGACGCAAGUACUAAAAGGAGCGUUAACUAAAAAUCCGGUAGCACAAAGAUUGAGGUGUACCAUGUCUGCUGUCCGGGCCCCUACCUUGAAUGAACUAGUGAAAGAAGUGAAAUUAGAGGAGGUGCAAAUUGAAAAUAGGGAGAAAACCAUCAAGAAGGUAAAAGUAGUGAUACCAACCAAUGAACCCCCAUCCAUGGAUGAAAGGUUGUUGAAACUCAUGGAAGAACAAAAUAAGAAACUGGAACAGUUAAUAGCCCUUCAGACGGUUAAUCCAUAUAAUCAGGUGCCUAUCCAGGGAUUUGAACGGGGAGGGAGGUCAAGAAGAGAGAACCGCCCUCCCAUUAUUUGCUAUAGCUGUGGACAAGCGGGCCAUCGGUCCUUUGAAUGCCCGAUGAACGGAAAUAGUACCUGGAGGAAUGAAAGUAAUGGUAACUAUCUGAGGAGAAAUUUACAGUUGGAAAACUCCAACGGGAGUGCUGUGAACCCCUCACAGGCUCCCCAGUAA